AGGCAAGAGGAAGAAGAUGGUGGAAGGUUGGAGAAGGGAUGAAACAUGGCCUGUCCAGAACAACUUUUAGAUAAGAGAAGAACCCCGAAAUUUCAAGACCUCGUAACCGAAAUCCCUAUAAAUAUCACUGUCAAUGCUUUACUCAAGUCAUCAGUAACACUCAAAGCUACCAAAAGCAGUCGUACUCUCCGGAAACAAUUAUCAAGUCUAACGCGUUUCUUAUCAUUCACUUAGUUUAAUCAAAGAUGUCUCUAAUUCCAUCUCUGUUCGGCAACAGGAGCGUAUUCGACCCAUUUUCAUCUGGCAAUUGGGCGCCAUUGAGCUCCAACAAUGAGCUAUCACAAUUUACAAAUGCCCAAGUCGAUUGGAAGGAAACCCCUGAAGCUCAUGUAUUCAAGGCUGAUCUUCCCGGGCUCAAGAAAGAAGAAGUAAAAGUUGAAGUCGAAGAAGGAAAAGUUCUUCAGAUAAGUGGAGAGAGGAGUGUGGAGAAGGAGGACAAAAAUGAAAAGUGGCAUCGUGUUGAGAGGGGGCGUGGAAAGUUCCUGAGGAGAUUCAGGUUACCAGAAAAUGCCAAGGUUGAUCAAGUGAAGGCAUCAAUGGAGAACGGUGUUCUCACUGUUACGGUCCCAAAGAUGGAGGAGAAGAAGCCAGAGGUCAAAUCAAUUCAGAUCAGUGGUUAAGCGGCCGACAUUGCAAUGCUAUGUUAUUGAGUCCUUGAGGACUCCUACUGAAUUUUAUUCAUCAGCUUUCUUGUUUGUGAAGUGUGGUGUGUUUUAUACAGAGUGGUGUGACUCUUGAUUUUCUGUAAAAUGUCAAGUGUACUGUUGGUUUA